AUGUCGAAAUAUGAAGACAAUAAAAUAGAGGAUAUAUUAAUGCGAUUCGAGAAACCGGAUGGCAAGAACAGGUGGGAUUCACCAUUAUUCACGAUCGGUAUUGGUAAUAUCGAUUUACACCAACAACAACAACCUGAACAGUUAUGCGCAUCUGAAGCUGUGCAGCCCGAAUCGGAUGGUUCCAAAGCCAACAACUCUCCGCGGCAUGUUCGAAUACCAUUUGACGAAAUAUUCGCAUCGUUAGUUAAGGUAUGGUUCAUUCAUGAACUCUUGAACAGAUUUCUCGGAAAAAACAUUUCACCGGCUCGAUAA